CAGAGAUUAGAGUUAUGUUCGCAGCAGUAAUAGCAGUAGAGAGGUUGUUUGCUUUAACACUAACGUAGCUGCUGUUAGUUUUGACGUCAGGUGAGUGCAGCACCGCACGCCCCUCCAUCCCGGUGCAGAGCAGAGGACGUCUGGUGCGCACUGAGCGCGCCGCUCGGCCCGCCCGGACACUGCAGUGGAGGUACCGAGCCAUCGCUGCGGCAGCUCGCUCCCGACUCUACUUCCCGCUACAGCCGGUCCGGGCCGGGACAGAACAGGGGGGGAGAAACCGCUGGGAGCCAUGGCCGAAUCUAACAUGCGGUGGGGGUUUCCCCGUCUGCGCCGGGCCGCGACUUCUUUUCCUGGCAACCUUCACUUGGUCUUGGUGCUUCGCCCCACCAGCUUGUUGAGCUCCACCCCCAGUCCGUCCUCCAGCACAGACCUGGGCUUUCGCUUCAGCCAGGAUGACUUCCUCCUAAAGAUGCCGGUGGUGAUGCUGCGCUCAGUGGGUGACCUGCUGCGCUACAUCGAUGAAAACCACCUGGCAUCAGACUUUACUGCAAAGGUUGAAUAUUGCCAAAGUGACUGGGUCCUCCUACGAUCGUCCAUUGAGACCUUUGCAGUGACGGUGAAAGAGAUCGCUCAGCUGCUGCAGGGAUUCGGCUCUGAGCUGUCUGAGACCGAACUCCCAGAUGAAGCUAAUGCCAUUGAAUUCCUGCUCCACUCCCACUCACAUCGAUACAGACAGAUGAAGGAUGACAUCCGGGGCGUGCUGAAAGAAGGACGCCUGCUGUUGUCAAACCUGGAAACAGUUAAAGCCGCAAAGAGAGAAGCUGAGGAAGAGCGGGAAAUACAAGCCGACAUGGAAACUGUUCAGAGGCUUCUGGCACAGCUCAGAGACAUGGAGGAGGCAUUUGAUGGUUUCUUUGAAAAACACCACCUGAAGCUGCAACAGUACCUCCAGCUGCUGCAUUAUGAAAGCAGCUUCCAGCAGAUGGAUGAGGUGCUGGAGCGGAUCUCGGCCCAGGAGAAGGAAAUUGCCUGUGUGGGAACUACAGUGGUUCAGACAGAACAGCUACUUAAAGAUCUGGACAGUCUGGAUAAACGAGCUCAGGAGGAGAUGAAUCGGGCCCAGGUUGUGAUCCUGCACGGCCACCAGCUGGCUGCCAACCACCACUACGCUCUGGCGCUCAUCGUCCAGCGCUGCAACGAGCUGCGACAUCACUGUGAUGUCAUCAGCACUGCCGUACGCACCAAGCGGGCCUCGCUCACCCGGACACGAGACCUGCUACGGCGCCUUGAGGAGGCUCUCCGUUGGUGUGAUGAGGGGGCCUAUCUGCUCGCCAGCCAGAUGGUGGACAAGUUCCAAACUAAAGAGGGAGCUCAGGAGGCUCUGCAGUACCUGAGCAGCCACCAGGAGAGGGCGCCAUCUGUUGUAAAAAACACCCAGGACACGCUGAGCCUGGAGUUUGAAGCUGUGCUCACACCUCAGCUGCAGUCCCAGAUUACCAUGGUGAAAGAGAAGCUGAGCUCAGUUCAGUGCAUGAUCAGAAACAGAGAGCAGUGUUUGAAGAAGCUUGCAGAUGUGCAGGUUCGACCCAUACAGCUGGUGGCGCCUCGGCCUGAACCGGAUCAGACCGUACUCCGCUGCAAGUCACCUCUCUUCUCCCCAAAACACGGUGUGGACUUCAAUGUCUUGAACUCAAAGUUCUCAUUUGAUCUCCUUCCUGGCAAAAGAGCUUCAAGGAGAAACAACAGCCCGCGCAAGAUUGAGGUGAUGCAUGAUUACCAAGGUAACCGCAGUUGCCUGUACGGUCCCAACCCAGAAACUGAUUCAGAAGCAGAGGACAAUUCAGAGCAGGUCACACGGCACAUUAUGAAGGAACUGAUAGCUACAGAGAGGAUCUAUGUUGAUGAACUGCUCUCUGUUCUUCUGGGUUACAGGGCAGAAAUGGAGGACCCCUCCACGUCUUAUCUACUUCCCUCAGCUCUUCGCUGCCAGAAAGAUGUUCUGUUCGGCAACAUGCCAGAGAUUUACCAGUUCCACAGCAGGAUCUUCCUCCAUGAUCUGCAGGGUUGCCUUGAAACACCAGAGAGGGUGGGGGCUUGUUUUCUGCAGCGGAAAGACAAAUUCCAGGUGUACGAACGUUACUGCCAAAACAAACCCUGCUCUGAGCUGCUUUGGAGACAAUGCUCUGAUUCGCCAUUUUUCCAGGAGUGCCAGAAAAAGUUGGACCACAAGUUGGGCCUAGAUUCUUAUCUUCUGAAACCAAUCCAACGCCUCACUAAGUACCAGCUGCUGCUUAAGGAGCUUUUGAAACACUGUGUGGAGGAGCACUACCGCUGUGAGCUCCAGGAGGCGCUGGACUCCAUGCUGGAGUUGCUGAAGUCUGUCAACGACUCCAUGCAUCAGAUAGCCAUCACAGGAUAUCCGGGUGAUAUUAGCCAGCUGGGCCGCAUAAUCCUCCAGGGGAACUUCAGUGUAUGGAUCAGUCACAAACGGGCAGCGGUGCGAAUGAAGGAGCUGGCCAGAUUCAAACCCAUGCAGCGACAUCUUUUCCUCUACGAUCACGCACUGCUCUUCUGUAAGCGACGAGACGAGGACAGCCAGGACAGCUUCUACAGCUUCAAGUCCUGCCUCCGAAUGAGCACUGUGGCCAUCACAGAAACUGUGAAAGGAGAUGUGAAGAAAUUUGAAAUCUGCUACAGUGGCAGAGAAGUUGUUUAUUUAGUUCAGGCUCCCACGGUGGAGGUCAAAGUUGCCUGGCUGAACGAGAUUCAAAAAAUACUGGCCAACCCACAGAAACUACAACAAGAGGAAGAUUCUUCUCUUGCUCUCCCAGACAACCUUCUCUCUGACAGCACAUCAGAGAUGUGUGUGUCGUGGGGCGCCGCGCCGGUGGGAGGCUGCUCAGCGUGUCUUCCUGUUCCUCACAGUUCCUCCGCAACAAGCCACGCCCACAAGUAUAGAGGGGAGGAGUCGACAUAUUCGAGCCCCGCCCACUCAGACCCUGUGGUUCACUCGCCUCGACGUAGUUGGCCUGCUCCUGCUCACUCUGUGGCGAUCUGCGAAGGCCUGGAGGACUGGGGUGCAACAGACCUCUCUGCCUUGUCCGACUCGGAUGAGGAGGAUCAUCCCUCCCCACUGGUGGCGGGCAGGUACAGGGUCAUGGUAGAAAGCAGCAUGGCCAGCUCUGAUGACAUCAUCUUUAACUGUGGCGAUGUCAUCCAGCUGCUUUAUGAGGAUUCGUCAGGAGUGUGGAUGGUGAAGAAUAUCAGUCGUGGUGAAGAAGGUCGAGUUCAGCCUGAGGACUUGCACAGGAUUCUGGGAGAGAGCUGCUGAGAGCCAAUCAAAAGCCAGAAAACUCACAUCAUCCAUUCAUUUCCCAAACAAAUGCAGGCAUCUGAUUCAGUCAAGUCAGACUGAAACACUCCAUCAGCCGCUUAUUCGACUUUAAAGAGCUGUGACAGAAGCUGUGUACUGCAGGACAGAUCUCAGAGGAAUGUAAAAAUUGAAAGCACAUACAAGCCAUUUUUAUCUACCUGCUCUAGCAAUGAUGCAGAAGAAUGUUUGGACUGGACUGGUUUGGUGGGUCCUCUGCAUACUUCCUAUAUGGACUUUUAUUUUGGAUGUUGUAUAAAUAAUAUUUUCUUAUGACAUAUUUAAAAAAACACAAGCAGAUAAUUAUGUACAUAUCAUCUGUGUGCCAAGUAGGAAAGCUGAUCACUGCAGCUUCUUUUUGUGACAUGUUUUUGAGUGAGACCUGCCUUCUUCUACUCUAGAAAGCACACCCUGUAACAUUAUGAGAUGUGUUUCUUGUAGUGCAAAGAAGUUGGCACAUUAGCUUUGCCCCUGUAUUCGGCCAUAGGUGUUAUCUGAGAAGCUCUAUGACUUCUCUGUCCAUUCACAAAACAUACAAUGCAAGAUUGUGGGGGUAGCUGUGGUAGAUCUUUCAUGUUGCUGGUCAGAAAUCAAACUUACCACCUCAUCACAUCCACACCAGCAGUCUGUCCUGCCGCUGCUCUGACUUUAUCUAGAUGACUAGGCUUGCUCCAUAGCAAUAAAUAACAACAUUGAACAAAGUGAUCAGUAUGUUUUGGGUUCCCUGUGAAAUAUGAAGUGCUGAUACCUCAAAAUGUUUUCAGAAAAGUGAAAGGAAGGAGUAGGGUAAGGCUGAGGUGCAAGCAGCUUGUAUGUUUGGUUCAUAUUACUCAUUUUUAAUUGUAAAAGUGCAACUUAUAAAGAAGAACUUCAGAGUUCAUAACCUCAGUUUGCAUUUUGUGAUUACGAUUCCUUCUAGAUGUGCAUGUCUAGAUAUUCAUACAGAUCAUUGCCCAGAAAGGUAGUCAUGCAGCAAUAUCAGGUUUGACGUCGACCUGAGAGGAGGUUUUGUAAAUUUGUUGUGACAGAACCUCUUGUCAAUGGAAGUAAACUAAAAAAAAAAAGGUAGUGAUAGUCUUCCAGCUGCAUUUACCUACAUUUACCUACCUUAGAGGACACAAGAAAUAAGAAGUUGUCUUAAUUUCUUUCAGGCAACAUUAUACUUUACCACUUCUUGUUGACAUUUUGUUGCAUGUAAAAAAUUGCAUCUUCACACCUCAGUGGUUUAUAAUGAGAGACAAUGAGUUAUGUUUCUUCAGGUUAGACUUUUACAUAUUCAAGACAAUCUGACAAAAGUUUGGUAGAGUAAAGCCACAAGAUAAUUUAUCAGUCAGUUCUCAUGCAGGUGCACAUUAGCAAUAUCUUGAUCUUUGUACAAUCUGCAUCUAUGUCGGUGGUUCUUCCUUUCGUCUUAAAAAUAUCAAAUAAAAGGAUAACUUUUUGCAUGCAAUCACGCAUGCAAAAAGACAAUGAACCAUGAAGACAAUUUGCAGAUGUUUUAUUGUAAUUCAUGGUCAUAUACAUAGAUGCAUUCUGAGGAAAAGAUUGAUUUAUUUACAGUAAAAUGUCUAAGGACAUGAUGAUGGGCAAGUUUAACUUAAUUCAGUUCUGUUUAGUAAUCCGUUAUAUUACGCAUUCUGCCAAUCAGAAACCAUUCUGUGAGAGAGAAACGUUAUUCACCAAACAACAUUGGUAUUUCUCAUAUUAUACAAUGUGAAAAAAUGCAGGAGGAAAGUUAACCUAAUGCUACAGUAGUGGUCAGUAAUCUAGAAGAACUGGAAAAGAAUACAAGAAAAUAGGCUUCUGUUCAAAAUUAAUGUAACUCCCAUCUAUUUGUAUUUGUCCUCCGUCCAUUCUCUGUUUCUGCUUUAUUCUCCUCAAAGUGGCAAAGAAAGAAAUCCCUUUCAGGCCUUUUAAUUCAUUUGUUGUUCAUUUUCAAUCUUUAUUAUUUGAUUGCUGCUUAUUAGAGUAUUUUGAGUAAUUACAAAUGUAUUUGUUCCUGGGUUGGGCUUUUGGGCUUUGCAUAAGUUACAUAUGCAACCUAUUCAUGAAAUGUUUCUUGUCCUCCUCACAUUCAUCUAUCAAGCACAGUGCUGUGUGGACAAAUACCUCUCUAUAGAUUUGCACUUACCUUUAGCUUUAUUUUUGCCUCCUCUGCUGUUUUACACACACAGAACUGUGGUUAGUGUUGGCUAUAAUUGUAAAAAAAAAAAAAAAGAGGUAACCAAAGAUUAAUUAGAGUUGAAAUGAUGAAGAAACAGACAGACGGUUUACUGCCUCUGUAAAAACUGCCACGACUGACUUUUCCAUAUUAUCACGGAUCUUGUUUAACUAAUGGUUUUUCACAGAAUAAGUGUAAGAAGUGGCACUAAAACACUGCCACUUAUAAAAACAUGACACUUUUUGAGACAGCAAAAUUCAAAUGUGAAUAUGUAAAUACAAAGAUUAUUAUUAGUUUAGUAUGUAAAAUGUAUCUAAAUAGAUAACUUAGGCAGUCAAAAACUAUCAACUGACUUAAACAGAUAGGCUAAAAAUACACAAUAUUAGUGAUAUCCUAAAAAAAAAAAAGUAACCCUUCCA